AUGGCAAGGCGGAAUGAGGUCGACGAGACUUUGUCGAAUGCAGCAUCGCCUCGCAGACGAUUUUCCAGCCUUCGUCGUCGUUCUCUGCAGAGUUCCACAACUCCUGGCGCAAUUUCGGUCAACGGUAGUCCGGUGGUGGCUACUCCUCCUGGGACUCGUUCAGCCUCCGUCAAGUUUGCCAUAAGCGCUGACACUGCACAAAACAGUACACUGCCCAAGGUGGUCUACAACAACACUGCUGUCUACUCACCAAUUCCCAGUGUUGGAAGCGGUCGAGGUGCCGACGCAGCUCAUGUUCACUUCACUGUGGAAGUCAAGUUGCUCAAUGAUGAGCAAGAGGCUCUGCUGAUUGAUUACACCAAAUUGGUUCAUCACGUCCAAAAAAUUGUGAUUUUUACCUCUUUACUUACUUGUCGCCUCUUCUGUUUGAAUGGGCGAAUUGAUGAAGGCAUUUUGACUUAUUUCAAGGCUGCAGCUUUUGGUCAGUGGCUGUUUGACGAGGUGAUAAGUAAACUGGGCGGCCUCCUGGAAAGCGACUACUUCGGUUUGCGUUACUUGGACAAGAACAAGCAAAGGGUCAUUAACACCUUCAUCCGUCUUUUUGCUACAGCAAUGGCUCGAUCUUUCAAAAACUGUUUACAAACAACUCAAGAACAGGACUGUUAUGCGGUGGUGUUUACCUUUUUUACAGAUGUCAUCCCUCGAUCACUGAACUUCCGUGUUAAACAUUAUCCCGCCAAGCCCUUGAAAGAGCUGAAAGAAGAAAAGUCCAGGUAUUGUGUCUCUACUUGA